AUGGCAAGUGUAAAUAAAGAUUUUGUAUCAGAGUUUAUUGAUCUUUUAAAAAAUGAAGUGGCAAUUUGGCAAACGAAAAGUGAUAAGUAUAAAAAUAAAAGUGAAAAAAAUAGAAGUUGGAAUAAUUUAUUAACAAAAUAUAAAGAAAUCGAUAAAAGUGCUACAUUAGAAACCGUCAAAAAAAAAUAUAAUGGUUUAAGAUCAUGUUAUAGACGCGAAUUGCAAAAAGUUCGGAGAAGCGAGAAAUCAGGAGCAAGUGCAGAAAAUAUUUAUAUACCAACACUGUGGUACUUUGAAAGCUUAAAUUUCCUUAUGGACCAAGAAAUUCAAAUGGAGGGAAUUUCGUCGUUUGAGGAUUGUGACGAUGAAGAAAGAGAACCUAACCAUAAAAGGCAAAAGAUCACAGAAAAGGAUUUCUUGAUGAAAGCAGUGAACUUUUUGGAUAAAUCCGAAAGCAAUCCAAAAAAAGAUGAAGCGAGUAUUUAUGGAGAAGCAUGGGCUGUAACAUACCGGAAAUUAAAUAAGGAGCAGCAAUUGUUUGCUAAAAAAUUGAUUGACGAGGCUUUAUUACAUGGACAAUUGGGAAACUUAAACAUAACAUCAUUUACAAAAAGAUUCUUCACACCAGCUGUACCAAUACAAGUAAUUUCGAAUGAAGUUAUUUCUCUUUCAUCAAGUCAGUCAUUCCAAUAUCUAUUCGAUAGCCCAGAGUUCCAAGAUUUUAGCGAAUAA